GUUUCGUAGUGCUGCAUGAUAGGAUAAGUAGUCGGCUUUCCUGGAGCCGAGCGCGAGCGUCCGGCCCACACGGAACUCCACUUCCCGACCUGCCUUGCAGCUUAACCCGGAAGCGGGAGGCCGGUUCCGGUUGCAUCAGCGUGGGCUCGGAGGUGCGAUGAGACUGUUCGUGAGCGAGGGUUCCCCCGGGAGCCUGCCGGUGCUGGCUGCGGCCGCGAGGGCCCGGGGUCGGGCGGAGCUGCUCAUCAGCACCGUAGACCCCGAAGAGUGUGUGGUACCGUUCCUGACCCAGCCUAAGGUCCCAGCCUUGCAGCUGGAUAGCGGCAACUACCUCUUCUCUGCUGGUGCAAUCUGCCGAUAUUUUUUUCUGUUAUGUGGCUGGGAACAAGAUGAUCUUACCAACCAAUGGCUGGAAUGGGAGACAACAGAAUUGCAGCCAGUUCUGUCUGCUGCCCUACACUGUCUAGUGGUUCAAGGCAAGAAAGGAGAAGAUGUACUUGGCCCACUUCGGAAAGUCCUGACUCACAUUGAUCACAGCUUGAAUUGUCAAAACUGUCCUUUCCUGGCCGGGGACACAGAAUCUCUAGCUGACAUUGUUUUGUGGGGAGCUCUAUAUCCUUUACUGCAAGACCCAACUUAUCUCCCUGAGGAGUUGGGUGCCCUACAAAGCUGGUUCCAGACACUGAGUACCCAGGAGCCAUGUCAGCGAGCUGCAGAGACUGUGCUAAAACAGCAGGGUGUCCUGGCGCUGCGUCCCUACCUCCAGAAGCAACCACAGCCUCGGCCACAGCCCCUGCCUCCUGAGGAGAGAGCUGUCAGCAAUGAGCCCGAGGAAGAGGAGCUGGCUACCCUGUCUGAGGAGGACAUCGUCAUAGCUGUUGCUGCUUGGGAGAAGGGCCUGGAAAGCUUACCUCCACUGCAGCCCCAGCGGCAGCCAGUGUUGCCUGUGCCUGGAGAAAGGAAUGUGCUCAUCACGAGUGCCCUCCCUUAUGUCAACAAUGUCCCUCACCUUGGAAACAUCAUUGGCUGUGUACUCAGUGCUGAUGUCUUUGCAAGGUACUGUCGCCUUCGCCAGUGGAAUACCCUCUAUCUGUGUGGUACAGAUGAGUAUGGUACUGCGACAGAGACCAAGGCCAUGGAGGAGGGUCUAACCCCACAGGAAAUCUGUGACAAGUACCAUGCCAUCCAUGCUGACAUCUACCGCUGGUUCAACAUAUCGUUCGAUACUUUUGGUCGCACCACCACUCCUCAGCAGACCAAAAUCACCCAGGACAUCUUCCAGAGGUUGCUGUCACGGGGUUUUGUGCUGCAAGAUACUGUAGAGCAGCUUCGGUGUGAGCAGUGUGCGCGUUUCCUGGCUGACCGCUUUGUAGAGGGAGUGUGUCCCUUCUGUGGCUAUGAAGAGGCCCGAGGUGACCAGUGUGACAAGUGUGGCAAGCUCAUCAAUGCCAUUGAGCUCAAGAAACCCCAGUGCAAAGUCUGCCGCUCCUGCCCUGUGGUGAAGUCCUCGAAGCACCUGUUUCUAGACUUGCCUCAGUUGGAAAAGCGCCUGGAGGACUGGCUGGGGAAGACAUUGCCUGGCAGUGACUGGACAUCCAAUGCCAGGUUGAUUAUUCGUUCCUGGCUUCGAGAUGGCCUCAAGCCACGAUGCAUCACCAGAGACCUCAAGUGGGGAACUCCUGUGCCCUUGGAAGGUUUUGAGGACAAGGUAUUUUAUGUCUGGUUUGAUGCUACUAUUGGCUACCUGUCCAUCACAGCCAACUACACAGACCAAUGGGAGAGAUGGUGGAAGAAUCCAGAACAAGUGGACCUCUACCAGUUCAUGGCCAAAGACAAUGUUCCCUUCCAUGGCUUGGUCUUUCCUUGUUCAGCCCUAGGAGCUGAGGACAACUACACCUUAGUCAAGCACCUCAUUGCUACAGAAUACCUCAACUAUGAGGAUGGGAAAUUCUCUAAGAGCCGAGGGGUAGGAGUGUUUGGAGACAUGGCCCAGGGUACAGGGAUCCCUGCUGACAUCUGGCGCUUUUAUCUGCUAUACAUUCGGCCUGAGGGCCAGGACAGUGCCUUCUCCUGGACAGACUUGCUGAUUAAGAACAAUUCUGAGCUGCUCAACAAUCUGGGCAACUUCAUCAACAGAGCUGGCAUGUUUGUGUCUAAGUUUUUUGGUGGUUGUGUGCCUGAGAUGGUGCUAACCCAUGAUGACAGACGCCUGGUGGCCCAUGUCUCCUGGGAACUCCAACGCUAUCACCAUCUGUUGGAAAAGGUUCGGAUCCGAGAUGCCUUGCGUAGUAUCCUUACCAUAUCUCGCCAUGGCAACCAAUACAUUCAAGUGAAUGAGCCCUGGAAACGGAUUAAAGGCGGUGAGACUGACAGGCAGCGGGCGGGCACAGUGACAGGCAUGGCAGUGAACAUGGCUGCCUUGCUGUCUGUCAUGCUGCAGCCAUACAUGCCCACAGUCAGCUCCACCAUCCAGACCCAGCUGCAGCUCCCACUUGCAGCCUGCCGCAUCCUUGCCACAAGCUUCAUUUGUACCUUACCAGCAGGCCACCGAAUUGGCACAGUCAGUCCUUUGUUCCAAAAAUUGGAAAAUGACCAGAUUGAAAAUUUGAGGCAGCGCUUUGGAGGGGGCCAGCUAGAAGAGUCCUUGGAGUUAAAGGCUAAAGGAUCCCCCAAGCCAGCAGUUGUUGAGACAGUCACAACAGCAGGGUCACAGCACAUACAAACGCUGGUGGAUGAGGUAACCAAACAGGGCAACAUAGUCCGGGAACUGAAAGCACAGAAGGCAGAUAAGAACCAGGUUGCUGCGGAGGUGGCUAAACUCUUGGAUCUAAAGAAACAGUUGGCUUUGGCUGAGGGGAAACCCAUUGAAACUCCUAAAGGCAAGAAGAAAAAGUGAGAGGAUGUUCACACAAAGUCACUUUACUGGCUAUGGACAGUAAUAAAGAAUGUACAGUGUGUAUGUACAGG